AAAAUCUACGAUGGAACCAUCACCAGACGGUCAACUCGAGAUAAUCGCAAAUUCAGGGGCAAAAUCAGUGAUUUGGGAAGAUCGAAUCGCCGAGUUUGGUUAUGAGAAAUAUUUUUUACGACUUCCGGAGCCAGCGCUGAACAAGGUUCUGCGAUAUUUGAGAUAUCCCGACCUGCAAACCCUCAAAUCGAUAUGCCCGGAGCUCACCGACUUGUGCGAUUUACACGUGAAGCUCAUGGAUCACAGCGAGUUCUAUACUCACCCUAAAUUCCAGUUCGAGCGUUGCUCCCCGGAUGAUGAGGAGGAGGAGGUGGUGGCUGGAAGGAUCAGAAGCCCCAGAACCUCAUCGUCAAGUGGACAGCUGGACAAGGUUGCCGACGAGUUUGUGGUGAAGGAUGUGGAGAUCAUGUCGGAGAGGCAGAACGCGUGUGCCACAUAUUUUGAGCCUACUAGAUCGCUUUAUCUGUUUGGUGGAGAGGCCAUCGAUGGAGAUGAGCAUACCCCCGGUGCCGUAUUCAAUGACCUUUGGAGGCUGGACACGGCAACAUUGAAAUGGUCGCGAGUGAUAAUCUCAUCUGCACCAUAUCCAUCGGCAAUGUGCUACGCGUCACUUGUCACGUGGGGUACGCAACUAAUUCUUUUCGGAGGAAACGACAAUCGCCGCCGUUGUCCUUUCGCGAAUGUACCGCCCGAGCUUCACUACUUUGACACGUCAACUUCCACGUGGCGAUACGUGCCAGCAACUGGAAAUUCGCCGUCAUCAAUCGGACAUUCGGCAGUGGUUUCUGGCGAUUAUAUGUUCGUCUAUGGUGGAUGGCCAUUUAUUCAUAAUGAACUACACUUGGAGACACCAUUGAGAGUCGAACGGCUUCAGAUUCUGGAUAUCAGGCACGAGACGUGGAAAACCGUACAGUUGGAGAAAUGGAAUCCAGCUGAUCCGGCGCCGUUUCCAAGAUUCCACACUCGAAAAACCAAACUAAUACUAAUCCGUGAUGGUCUUCUACUCAUCACCGGUGAGCUUAUCCCUCAGGAUUACGGUAGCUCCGUCCUACUACAAUAUGACGUCACAAACCCGCUAAAUGACACGUGGCGAUGGAAAUCGAUUCCGACGAUUGGAAGGUGGUGGGGACGGAAAUUUCUGCAGAUGGAAGUACGUGGAGAAGCGGUUUUUCGAUUGAAUCCCGAAUGUUCGAUGCCGAAUAUUGAAUUUCAUCAAAUUGCGGAUGUUCGGAAUGAGAAAAUGAUUCGAUUGGUUUCUUUGGGAAGGUUGAGGAGUGAGUGUGCUCCUCUGGUUCGAGCCACAUUUGCCGAGGAAUACGAUGCUGUACAAUCCGGUUAUCGAGAUUUUGCCCGCCAACUCAAAUGUCAUUUGGAAAUGGAAUAUAAGAGAAGAAUUGAUACGUCAUCAAAUGACACGUGUGCUAUUUUCAAAUAUCUCAAUUUGGUGUGCAAAAUUGGAGGAUGCUUUGUUAGGGGAAAAACGCCAUCAACUCCUACAACAAGUUCGCAUGCAAAUUCGCAACGUUUUCACAUUCAUGUUCGUUCCAUUCCACGCCGGGGCCAAAAUGAUGAGCCGAAAAUGCCACGUUUUGAUGACGUGGAUCUGUGGGAGCUCCGGUGCACAAUUCGGGCGGUACUUAAUCAAUUACACUCAAAAUACUACAACACAAGCCGUAUGGACUAUUUGGCUCCGCGAGUUCCGAUGCGUAAUAGUGCACUGAAACGUCUAUCCGUCUACGUGGCAGAAGUACCGUGCCACGUGGAAUUUGAAGAGUUUGACGAGUUACGCUGGACACCACAAGCUGAGCAGUACCCAUCUCCUGUAGAUACUGACGGUUAUUUCCUCGUCGGAUCCCAUCAUGACGUCAUCAUGCACUCGGGACGUGUCCGCUACCCAGGAACACUCGAAAAAAUGGGACAAACUAUUCUGUUGACGCCAAUCGCCGAGAAAUAACGACGCUCCGCCCACUAAUUUGACCGAUUUUUCCGGAAAAAUCACUUUUAUAGCCCCGCCUCUUUUUUUUCUAGGCUCCGCCCCUUUCUUGGCAAAUUUCCAGACUCCGCCCUAUUCUUGGCAGUUUUAUUCGGAAAAUGCAUUUUUUUUUUCAAUUUUCACCUAAAAUUCGUAUUUCCCAAAAACUUUUGCUCAAUUUCCCGAUAAAAUCGAUAAAUUGUUAAGCCCCGCCUUCUUUUUCUAAGCCCCUCCCCUUUUUUGGCAAUUUUCCAGACUCCGCCCCAUUCUUGGCAGUUUUAGUCGGAAAAUGCAUUUUUUUUUUUCAAUUUUCACCUAAAAUUCGUAUUUCCCAAAAACUUUUGCUCAAUUUCUCGAUAAAAUCGAUAAAUUGUUAA